AUGAGGAUUUUAAACAACUUCUGUAUCAUAAUUUUUACAUUAUUAGUCCACAGAUUCCGAUAUUCUUUGUACAUACUUCCUUCUUUCUUUUAUUUUAUAAACCACGCCGAAUCAACUUCAGUCACGUUAGGGAUUGAUUGGGGAGAAGAAUUCGUUGAGGCUUCAAUUGCUUUCAGAGGACAUAGACCUGACAUUUUACUCACAGGAACAGGAAGUAGGAAAUUUGAGAACGCCGUUUAUUUGCUCGGAGAUACCAGAUUAUUUGACAAGGAAGCCUCCUCAUUCUCUGUAAAGGACCCGAGUAAAACUUUACAGAAAUCGGCACACCUCCUGGGAGUUCCAUUCACUUCUAACUCAAAAUGGAGCAGGGUCUCAACAUUAAAGGCAUCAGAGGUUGUGGAAACCCUGAAAAAAAAUAAUGUUCCAUUUCACUGGGAUUAUACCCCGUACGAGUUCGGCGUUUCGAAGGACGGCCAACUACACCUCAAAGUCCUCAAGGACUCAAUGGUAGGACUCGAAGAAGCAACUGGACAUUUUUUUAAUCACCUAAAACAUGUAGCUCUUGAGAAGCUUUUGUCUCUGAAAGCCAUAGAAUCCUACGAUUCCAACGUUGAGAUGCUGGCAGUCAUUUCAAUUCCCUGCAACUACACCCAGAAUCAAAGGAAGGCUUUGGUUUUUGCAGCAGAAAGUGCCGGUUUAAAGGUAGUAGAUUUGGUCCACGGAAUAUCAGCAGCAGCCUGGUUCCAUACGCUGGAAAUGCCACCGGGCACCAGGAAAAUAAUGUACUACGAUUUGGGCAGUUUUGGGGCUAAUGUUGGAGUUGUUGAGGCCAAGGUUCCACCGCCUAAAUCCAAGGAAUUCCCUCAGAUAAGAACUCUCUCGUGUGUUACUUACCCAGGAAUCGGUGGACGACAACAUGAUUUGCUCCUGGCCGAGUAUUUGAGGAAUAAAUUUGAAAGGGAACAUGACCUCAAGUUGAUGCCAGGAAACCCAAAAUCACUACAAAAACUCCUAAAGAACUCUAACAAGGCUAAAAUGAAGUUAUCCCUCUCAAAUUCAGCCUCCGUGGAGGUGGACAACCUGGUAAAAAAUAAACACCUUAAUGCUAAGGUGACGAGGUCAGAAUUCGACAAAUUGUUAGAACCUGUCCUGAAAGAGUUACACGUGCCAAUUAACAUGGCCUUGGAGAAGGCAAACUUGAAAUUCAGUGAUUUGGACAGUGUUGAGAUGCUGGGAGGAGCGUGGAGAGUACCCUCAGUUACAGCCAAAUUAUCGGAAAUCGUAAAACCACUACAGUUAGGUUUUCAUUUAAACGCAGAGGAAUCAAUUGCAAUGGGCUGCGGUUAUCUCGCAGCUGCACACAACCCAUUUUUCAGAAUGAAAAAAAUGGAACUUUUUGACAAUGCAGUUUUUGAUUACGUUUUACACGUCAAAGGACCUGAUUUGGACAAGAGGGUCACCUUAUACAAGUCAGUGGACAAAAUUAAUAGCUCGAAAAUAGUAAAAGUUAACACAGUUAACAAUUUCAAUGUGACAAUUUAUGAGACUUCAAACCCAAACGAGCCUUCAAGUGAAGUGAAGGUUCUGGAUUACAAAAUCAAGGGCGUUGACGAUUUACUCUCAAAACAUAAAAAUGACAUGCUUGCCCAGGUUACGCUAUCAUUUAAAACAGAGAACGGCUUAAUUAGUCUCAAUAAGGUGUUGGCAAAGCCAGUUAAAAAGGCUCUGGAUACUUCAAAAUCCGACACCACAAAAUCUGAAACUUUGAAAUCUGAUACUACCGACUCAACUCACGAAGACACUUCCAGUCCAGAAUCUAAGAAAGAGUCUGAAACUAAGAAGACUUCCGAUGCUACAGACAGUGGUUAUGAAUCUAGUGAUUCUGAAGAACCUUCCGGACCAGAGAGACCGGAAGAUAAGUCUCCAGAAUCUGAUUCUUCUGAAUCUUCUAAAAAAGUCGAUGAAACGCAUAAAACUCCUGAGGGUGAUUCAUCUGCUGGUGAAUUUCCCAAAGACACUGACAAAACUGUUGACGAUUUAAAAGAUAAGACCACAGAGUCUAGUUCUGAACAAACUGAUUUGAAGGAUAAAGAAAAGGAUACCUCACAAUCUCAAACAAAUGCUUCUUCAGAAACCACUACUGAGACUUCAGAUAGUAAACAAGAUAAAACAACAGUUGACCAGAAAGAUGCCAAAAAGGAGGAUAAAAAGGAGGAGGAUAAGACUAAGGAUAGUAAAAAAGAGGAUAAGACUAAAGAUAGUAAAAAAGAGGAUAAGACUAAGGAUAGUAAAAAAGAGGAUAAGACUAAGGAUAGUAAAAAGGACAGCAAGACCACUCAAGAUCAGAAGGAUAAAUCACCAAAAGAGCCAGUUGAUGAUAGUGUAAAUUUAGAAUUUGUUGACAACACAGUUAACGUAUAUCAUUUAAAAAAACUACAUGAGAGUAAAAAUAAUAUACAAUUAUUGGUAAAUAAGGACAAGGCUGCCAUUGAACGCAGCCAGUUGAAAAACCGCCUGGAAUCAACUCUUUACAAAUACAAGGGCGUUUUAAAGUCAGAUGACUUCAAGUCAGCUUGUAAACCAAAUGAGGAACAGACUUUGACCGAGAAGGUUAAGUUUCUCAUGGAUUGGUUUGAUGAAAAUUCAUACUCAGCUACUUCUGAGACGCUAAAUAAACAUUUGGAUGAACUCAAUGGUUUGGGAACUCCCAUUUACAACAGGAUGAAUAAUAACCUUAAUAGAGAAUCUCUGGUUAAGUUUGGCGAUGAUAAUUUCUCAGAAUUACAGGAAAGAUUAAACAAAUUACUCGAGGAGAAACCGUUUCUUAAAGAUCAAAACGCUUCUCUAGACCUCUUCAACAACAAUGUAAGUUGGUGGGAGCAGGUUAAAAAGGAUCAGGCCAACCUGCCUCUUCAUGAGGAUGGGCUCUUUGACUCAACUACUAUCAAGACAAAACUUGAUGUUAGCAAGCUAGUUUUAAAGAACCUUGAAUCAAUUCUUCCUCCUGAACCACCCAAAGUAACUCCUGAAACACCAACACCCCAGCCUGAUGCAACCAGUCAGCCUGACACAUCAACUCCUAAGCCUGAAACACCUGUCGAACCUACUCCUGAGACUUCCGACUCUACUCAAAAACCUUCAGAAGACGCCAAACAGGCAUCUGACACUCCUGAACCUCAACCUGAGGAUAAAACUGAAAAACACCCCGAGUUAUAA